AUGGGUGCCAUGGAUGAGGGAUGGUUACUGGAGAGGAUCAAUGACUACUUGCAAGACAAGAAGUACUUGCUAGUUAUUGAUGAUAUAUGGGAUGAUAACCUAUGGGAAGAGCUUAAACAUGCAUUUCCGCGAAAAAGGGCGAAUCAUAAUUACAACAGGAGUAUGAUUCAAGCAGUCACUAUACAUGCUCGAGAUGUAGUGAAAGCGUGCAAGCUGCAUGAUCCAGUGCGUGAUGUGGCCAAUCAAAUGCUACAGGAAGAGAAAUUUGGAUCCAUGAUAAAAGAAGUCGACAAGACCAUUCAAGAGAGACAAAGGAGACUUGCAAUCUAUGAAGAUGCAGAUAGUAUCCCCUCAGACAUCAGUAAGUUGAAUCUGAGAUCCCUUCUCUAUUUUAGAGUAAAUGAAUUGUCAUUUUCUGCUCUACAAAAACUGCUAAGAUUUAAGAGGGAAUCAGUGAAGAAUUUGAGGAAUCUACAGACAUUGGAUGUGAGAAACUCGGAAGUUAAACAUUUGCCUGCUGGAAUCAAUGAGCUGCAACACCUAAGACAUCUUCUCCUGUCAAGUUUCUGCGACAGGGAGAAUGGAUUUGUGAAGAUGGCGAAGCUACAAACACUAUCUGGAAUUGAAUAA